CUGGCGAGCAUAACGCGCCGUAGCUCACACGAGACGCGGUCGCCUCCCGCAAGACAAUUGUCCAAUCCUGCAAUUUCGUUAGCGCUUAGGAUAGCCUACAGCGCUCCCAAAGUCCACUGCUCUCGUUGUUCUUUAAUAGUAGCCUGGUUGAACGGGAGAAGUAGGAAGAUUUUAGGUUUGACUGCAGGACGCCGGUGACACGACCACAAACCCUGCCGUCAGCUGAGGACAACGACAGUUCAAUCAAUCUCCGCGCUGCCGCGACAUGACAAAGUUCUCUCAGGUACAGUGACACAGAGCCGGAGAGAUGAGAGAUAUAUCUCAGAAGAAGAUUUUCCUGGUUUUGGUGGCUGUCAGCACAGUCAGUCUGCUUCUUCACCGGGGAGGUCACCUUAACUGGACCAUGUCGGCCUUCAGCUUGGGCUGCUCUUCGACUCCCCUCGAAUCUCUGACCACCGCCGUGGCGGGUCUCGGCCUGACGGUGGCGCCGGCCAAGCCCAAGCACACCGCCGUGGCCUUCCUGAAGACGCACAAGACGGCCAGCAGCACGGUGCAGAACCUCCUGUUCCGCUUCGCCGAGCGCCACAACCUGACCGUGGCGCUGCCCGUGUCCUCGUGCGGCCACCAGUUCUGCUACCCGCACACCUUCAGCGGGCGCUUCGUGCACCCGCACACGGUCCCGCCGGACGUGCUGACCAGCCACACGCGGCUCAACGUGGGCGCCAUGCGCCGGCUGAUGCCCAACGGCACGCGCUACGUCACCAUCCUCCGCGAGCCGGCGGCCAUGUUCGAGUCGCUCUUCAGCUACUACAACACGCACUGCCAGAGCUUCCACCGCGUGCCCAACGGCUCGCUCGAGGAGUUCCUCCGCCAGCCGGAGCUCUACUACCGCGCCCAGGAGAAGGACUCGAUGUACGCGCGCAACACGCUCACCUUCGACCUCGGCGGCAACAAGGACCACCAGCCGGCGGGCGACGCCGAGUACGCCCGGGCCUUCGCCGCGCGCCUCGACUCGGUCUUCUCGCUGGUGAUGAUCGCCGAGCACUUCGACGAGUCGCUGGUGCUCCUGCGGCGCCUGCUCAACUGGGAGCUGGAGGACGUGCUCUACCUCAAGCUCAACAUGCGCACGGAGGAGUCGCGGCUGCCGCUGCGCGCGCCGGCGCCGGCCCAGAUCCGGGCCUGGAACUGGCUGGACGCGGCGCUCUACGAGCACUUCAACGCCACGCUGUGGCGGCAGCUGGAGCAGCUGGGCCGCGCGUGCCUGGAGCGCGAGCUGCGGCUGAUGCGCCGCGCGCAGGAGGCCCUGGUGCGCGAGUGCUUCGGCGAGGACACGCCGCCGCUGCGCUCCAGCACGCAGAUCCGCAACAAGGACCUGCGCCCGUGGCAGCCCAGCAGCAAGGUGGCCAUCGUCGGCUACGACCUGCCCGUCAACGGCUCCGGGCUCGCCGGCGCCACCACCGGGCAGGGAGGAGGAGGAGGAGGAGGAGCAGGAGGAGGUGGGGGGAGCAAGGGAGGCGUAGGGGGAGGACUCACAACGAAGGACAUGUGCAUGAAGAUGAUCAUGCCGGAGGUGACGUACUCACGGAUGUUGCUAAGGUCACAGAUGAUACGAUACCGACGCAAUCACCCACCCCCACAAUGA